AUGUGCGAAUUCGUCUCGGCGUCGACCUUAAGGCAUUUCGAGGUUGUACUUGCUGGCGGAUCGCUGUUUGUGAACGCACACUGGAUGGCGGAAUUGUCUCCCUAUUUCAAUAGGCAUGUUUUAUUCUUUCACAUAGCAUCUGCUUUCUAUCUGUUCAGGAUCUGCUUCGAUACCAACUUCACGGAAGCUCAAACUGGUCGUGUUCACAUUGAGGAUGUCGACUAUGGUGAUGUUGUUGCAAUGUUGGAGUACAUCUGCCCCGACGGAAACUAUCUACGUCAGAAACGUAUUGGUGAUACAAAUCUUGCCGCUUUGAUUCACUGCUCUCAUCGUUUCCAAAUCCCAUCCUUACAACGAGAACUGUAUCAUUAUUUGGAAAAUGAGUUGCCAUUGGACGAAUGUAAAUUAAAGCCGGAAACGCUAGCUGACGCCAUCGCAGAGGCACUGAACGCACACUUCAGCCCGAAAUUCAUCGCACACCUGUACAAAAAGUUUGGGGAGAAUGGCAUGGACAAGAUGCAAGAGGCGCUGAAAGAUAUGCCCGAUUUGCUGGCGGAGACAAUUCUAGCCGAAUCACGAAAGUAUAUGGUUAGUCAUCAGUCAUGUUUUGUAAAUUCAAGACCAAUUCGUGGCCACGCCUUGAUUCUUGCUUUCGAAGAAGAAUACUGA